GUCAGAACCCAGGUCACCAGGCUCAGAAUCCUGGCCAUCAGGGUCAAAACCCGGCCAACCCGAGUCAGAACCCAGGUCAUCAGUCGGCGAAUCCGGGUCAUCAGACUCAAAACCCUGGACACCAGCCCCAAAACGUGAGACAACAGAGUCAAAAUCCCGGUCAUCAGGCGACGCAGACGCAACAACAGCCGCAGCCACCGUCUCAACCGCAACCGCAACCACCGCCACCACCACCACCACAACAACAACAACAACAACAACAACAACAACAACAACAACAAGUAGAGAACCGAACCAGCAACAUGGGUACCGUGUUGUCGUUCAGCCCGCGUGACAGACGCGGUUCCGUGUAUCCACCACCGGGUCAUCAGCAUCCCGCUGAUUUCACGUUGAACAAUUUCAAUUACGAGCAGUUGAACAACGCGAAGAACCGAGAGAACAAGAGCGGCGUUGCUACGGUGGCGCCGGCGCCGCCUACGAAUCAUCCGCCUACGAACAAUAACUCGUUGCAAAACAACAAUAUCAACCUGAACAACAACGACAACGCGAGGAUCAUCUCGGAGAAGAACGCCCUCGAGAAGAACCUGAAGAAACACUCGUUGUUCAUAAACGCGUUAUCGUGGAAACGGUUCAGCACGUCGAACAACAACAAGAAGAAGCUCGACAAUAAGAACAAGAACAUUGGGUUCAGGCAACCGCUCGAUAACAUACCCAUCGUCGAUAAGAAUAAGAAUAUACAGACGCCUCAGCAGACGAAACCGCCGGCGUCGAACAACAAUCACAACACGCACAACCCGACGUGCGAGAAGCUCGUGCAGAAGCCUUUGCCUCCGAAGCCAAGGAAAACCGUGAUCCAGGCAUCGACCUCGGAAUUGCUCAAAUGCCUCGGCGUCUUCCUUCACAGGAAAUGCACCCGUUUAAGAGACUUCCAGGCUGGCGACGCUGUCAUGUGGCUGAGGACUGUCGACAGAAGCCUGCUGCUUCAAGGAUGGCAGGAUGUCGCGUUCAUCAAUCCCGCCAACGUUGUGUUCAUUUAUAUGCUGGUGAGAGAGUUGGUCGACGGAGACGAGGCUUCCGAAAGGGAGCUUCAAGCAACGGUUUUAACGUGCCUCUACUUGAGCUACAGCUACAUGGGGAAUGAGAUCAGCUAUCCCUUGAAACCGUUCCUCAUCGAGGACAGCAAAGACAAGUUCUGGGAUAGGUGCUUGUUGAUUGUCAACCGGUUAAGCUCCGAGAUGCUGCGAAUCAACAGCGAACCCGGAUUCUUCACGGAGGUCUUCACUGAACUGAAGGCCUGCGGUGCUGGGGAUCGAGGCAGUCUGCCUGGUACCGGCCUCGAGCGGAGCCUCGUCGUCUCCGGAGUCGCGGUACCCACCAAGGCGGCUUGACGGAGCUACACACACUUGCUGGUGCGCAUCGACAGGCACGGCUGCGACGUCACGACACUCUGACGACGGCCGUCGCGACGACGAGGAGCUGCCCCCGCAGCUUGACCCCUCCGCAUCGACCUCGACCUCGACGUUGCAUCGACAACCACAUCAGCAGCAACAUCACCAUCAUCAUCAUCAUCAUCAUCAUCAUCGACCUAGCCGCGACGAUGGGGAGGCUGGCGGCCGAUGUCCGUCCUGCGGCCAGAAACGGCGGGAGGAGAUCUUGCUCGCCAUCGAGGAUCUGGACGCGAUCGAGUCGGCGCCCCUCGAGUCCCA